GGCUGCCCCAUUGCCCAUCAACAUGCAGUCCGGGCCACGUUGCUUCGAGAAGCAUUGCCGUUCGACAUCGUCAAGUCCAGCGGGGCCGCUAUCACCGCUCUUCUCCCCUUACACCACACAGCUUCUCACGGACCUUAUUUGCCCAUGGCGACGACUGUCGAAGCUAACCGUUACCCCAGGAAGAAGGUCGCCAUCGUCGGCAGUGGUGUUGCGGGAAUCGGUGCUCUAUGGGCCUUGAACAGAAGCCCUCAUGAUGUCCACCUCUUUGAGGCUUCCGACCGGCUGGGAGGACAUACAAACACGGUGGACUUUCGAAAGGGAAAGCAUAGCACCCAGGUUGAUACUGGCUUCAUCGUCAUGAACGAAGCCACCUACCCCAACCUCCUCAACUUCCUCAGCCACAUAGGCAUUGCGCCCGUCAAGACGGAGAUGACCUUUUCGGUCUCUAGAGACUACGGAAAGUUUGAGUGGGCUAGAUCCUCACUAAACUCCCUAUUUUCUCAGCGGGGCAAUAUCUUCUCCCCACGAAUGUGGCGCAUCAUAUUCGAUAUCAUCCGCUUCAACCAGCAUGCCCUCGAUGUGCUGAGAGUGGACCUUGAGGACACUACCCAGGCAAAGAGCCAGCAUGCCGCCAUUCACCCUGAGGAGACAAUUGGUGAAUACCUGGACCGCGAAGGGUACUCGGAUGCCUUCCGAGACGACUACCUGAUUCCCAUGACCGCGGCUGUGUGGAGUACCAGUCCCGACAAGUGCUCUCUCGAAUUCCCUGCCGUUACUCUGAUCAGAUUUCUAUGGAACCAUCAUCUUCUUUCCACAGUUGCCGCCCGCCCAGACUGGCUUACGAUAUCCACAGGCUCCAAAGGCUACAUCGACACGGUCAUGAAUGGUUUCCCGUCGAACCAUCUGCACCUAAAGUCUGAAGUCACAAGGGCCACAAACGAACCUGACGGCCGUGUUCGUUUGCACAUCAAGGGCGGUCGCUCUGAGGUCUUUGACCAUGUGAUUCUUGCCACUCACGGCGACCAAGCUUACUCUAUCAUCCGGGACUCAGCCACCGACGAGGAGCGAGAUAUCCUGCGCAACUUCAGGACUUCGGAUAACGUUGCGGUGUUGCACUCUGAUACCUCGCUCAUGCCGCAGUCCCCGAGGGCCUGGAGUAGCUGGAAUUAUCUGACGCGGUCAUCUCCCGUUACUGGCAGGAACAUCGAUCAGGUAUCGCUGACUUACAACAUGAACAUCUUGCAGCACAUUCCCCGGGAGCAGUACGGCGAUGUCUUGGUGACCCUGAACCCCCUGCAUCAACCAGACCCUUCGACGGUUCAAGGAACCUACAUAUAUGCGCACCCGCUCUACACCCCCGCCGCAAUCAAAGCUCAAGACCGGCUCGACUACAUCCAGAACACCCGAGGUAUCAGUUACGCAGGCGCCUGGACUAAAUACGGGUUCCAUGAAGAUGGAUUUAGCAGUGGCAUUCGGGUUGCCAUGGAACACUUGGGAGGACGGGUCCCGUUCGAGUUCAAGGAUUCGACAUAUAGCCGUGGCAGAAAGCCCGAGCUGGGAUUCCUUGACUGGCUGUUAAGAGUCUGGAUCUGGUUGAUCCAGGUUCUUUUCAUCAGCGUGUUGGAUAAGUUCAGCGCGCAAGGUGCAGCAAGCCGCCGACUGGCCUCACAUGUUAAUAGCAAGGUGAACGGCUCGGUCAUUGCUGCUCAGAGGGUUUCGGGACACAUGAAUGGUGGCUAUGGAUACAGCAAGAAGCACAUCUGAUGGACGGGGUAUAUACGAGAAUCAGGGAUUAAUGGGUACCCCACGAAGGCAAGUCACUAAUGAGAAAGGAAGGCAUCGUAGGUUCACAGAGGGGAAUGUAGAUACAUGAAGGACAUGGCAGAGCUCUAUGGGCGUUAUGGGGCCCACGUUAGAUUGACUAAUGGGGAUGAUUGGCUUCAAUAACGUACUGUUUCCUACGAUGCCCAGGACAUACACGCCGUGUGACAUGUCAUUUGU